CCGCAGAGGCAGGGCCCGGCCCCCCGAGGCCCGCGCCAUGUCGGCCCCCGCCGGAGGGUGUUCUAUUGUUAUAGAUACCCAAAGUUAACUUCAGUAUGCUGAAAAGGAAACAGAGCUCCAGGGUGGAAGCCCAGCCAGUCACAGACUUUGGUCCUGACGAAUCUUUGUCCGACAACGCAGACAUACUCUGGAUUAACAAGCCAUGGGUUCACUCUUUGCUGCGUAUCUGUGCCAUCAUCAGUGUGAUUUCUGUGUGCAUGAAUACUCCAAUGACUUUUGAGCAUUAUCCGCCUCUACAAUAUGUAACUUUUGCCCUGGACACUCUCUUGAUGUUCCUCUACACUGCAGAGAUGAUAGCAAAGAUGCACAUACGUGGCAUAGUAAAGGGAGAUAAUUCCUAUGUGAAAGAUCGCUGGUGUGUAUUUGAUGGAUUUAUGGUCUUUUGCCUUUGGGUCUCCUUAGUGUUACAGGUAUUUGAAAUUGCCGACAUAGUUGAUCAGAUGUCACCUUGGGGUAUGCUGAGGAUUCCACGACCUCUCAUUAUGAUUCGAGCGUUCAGGAUUUAUUUUCGAUUUGAAUUACCUAGAACGAGGAUAACAAAUAUUUUAAAGCGCUCAGGAGAGCAAAUAUGGAGUGUCUCAAUCUUCCUACUUUUCUUUCUGCUUCUUUAUGGAAUUUUAGGAGUUCAGAUGUUUGGAACUUUUACCUAUCACUGCGUAACGGACGACACUCAACCAGGAAAUGUGACCUGGAAUAAUUUAGCUAUCCCAGACACCCACUGUUCGAGAGAACUGGAAGAAGGUUAUCAAUGCCCACCAGGAUUUAAGUGCAUGGACCUUGAAGAUCUGGGACUUAGCAGGCAAGAGCUGGGCUACAGUGGCUUUAAUGAGAUAGGAACAAGCAUAUUUACCGUUUACGAAGCUGCAUCCCAAGAAGGUUGGGUGUUCCUUAUGUAUAGAGCAAUUGACAGCUUUCCCCGAUGGCGUUCGUACUUCUAUUUCAUCACCUUGAUUUUCUUCCUUGCCUGGCUCGUUAAGAACGUAUUCAUUGCCGUUAUUAUUGAAACGUUUGCUGAAAUCCGAGUGCAGUUUCAGCAGAUGUGGGGAUCCAGGAGCAGCACCACUUCAACAGCUACAACACAGAUGUUCCAUGAAGAUGCUGCUGGAGGAUGGCAACUUGUAGCUGUGGAUGUGAAUAAGCCUCAGGGUAGAGCUCCAGCUUGUCUCCAGAAGAUGAUGAGGUCAUCCAUUUUCCAUAUGUUCAUUCUGAGCAUGGUGGCUGUCGACGUCAUUGUUGCCGCUAGCAAUUACUACAAAGGAGAAAACUUCAGAAGACAGUAUGAUGAAUUCUAUCUCGCAGAGGUUGCUUUCACUGUCCUCUUUGAUUUGGAAGCUCUUCUGAAGAUUUGGUGUUUGGGCUUUACUGGAUACAUCAGUUCCUCUCUCCACAAAUUUGAACUGCUCCUUGUAAUGGGAACAACGCUUCACAUAUAUCCAGAUCUCUAUCAUUCUCAGUUCACGUACUUUCAGGUUCUUCGGGUAGUCCGACUUAUUAAGAUUUCUCCUGCUUUGGAAGACUUUGUGUACAAAAUAUUUGGUCCCGGGAAAAAGCUUGGGAGUUUGGUUGUAUUCACUGCGAGCCUUCUCAUCGUCAUGUCAGCGAUUAGUCUGCAGAUGUUCUGCUUUGUAGAAGAACUGGAUAGAUUUACUACUUUUCCACGGGCAUUUAUGUCAAUGUUCCAGAUACUUACCCAGGAAGGAUGGGUGGACGUAAUGGACCAGACUCUCAACGCCGUGGGACACAUGUGGGCACCUGUUGUUGCAAUCUACUUCAUUCUCUAUCAUCUCUUCGCCACCCUGAUUCUCCUGAGCUUGUUUGUUGCUGUUAUUUUAGACAACCUGGAACUUGAUGAAGACCUCAAGAAACUUAAACAACUAAAGCAAAGUGAAGCAAAUGCAGACACUAAAGAGAAACUCCCUUUGCGCUUACGGAUCUUUGAAAAAUUUCCCAACCGGCCUCAGAUGGUGAAAAUUUCAAAACUGCCUUCAGAUUUCACCGUUCCAAAAAUCAGGGAAAGUUUCAUGAAGCAAUUCAUUGAUCGUCAACAACAGGAUACGAGCUGUCUGUUACGAAGACUUCCGUCAGCCUCUUCUUCCUCAUGUGAUCACUCUAAACGAUCUGCAAUAGAAGACAAUAAAUACAUUGAUCAAAAGCUUCGUAAAUCUGUUUUCAGCAUCAGGGCAAGAAAUCUUCUAGAAAAGGAGACUGCCAUCACUAAAAUUCUUAGGCUGUUGUAUUUAUUCUGCAGGGAUGUGAAAGUACUCGACCGAUUUUCUAGGGCCUGUACCAGGCAACGGAUGCUGAGCGGAUCUUUUGAGGGGCAACCAGCAAAGGAGAGGUCAAUCCUCAGUGUACAGCAUCAUAUCCGUCAAGAGCGCAGGUCACUAAGACAUGGAUCCAACAGUCAGCGUAUCAGCAGAGGAAAAUCCCUUGAAACCUUAACACAAGAUCACUCCAACACAGUGAGAUACCGAAAUGCCCAGAGGGAAGAUAGUGAAAUAAAGAUGAUCCAGGAAAAAAAAGAACAAGCCGAAAUGAAGAGGAAAGUGCAAGAAGAAGAACUGAGGGAGAAUCAUCCGUAUUUUGAUAAGCCACUUUUCAUAGUCGGUCGUGAACACAGGUUCCGAAAUUUUUGUCGUGUGGUGGUCCGAGCACGUUUUAAUGCCUCUAAAACAGACCCUGUUACUGGAGCUGUGAAAAAUACCAAGUAUCAUCAACUUUAUGAUCUGCUGGGAUUGGUUACGUACCUGGACUGGGUUAUGAUCAUUGUGACUAUCUGUUCCUGCAUUUCGAUGAUGUUUGAAUCCCCCUUUCGAAGAGUCAUGCAUGCACCCACGUUGCAGAUUGCCGAGUAUGUGUUCGUGAUCUUCAUGAGCAUUGAACUCAACCUGAAGAUAAUGGCCGAUGGUUUAUUUUUUACCCCCACCGCUGUCAUUAGGGACUUUGGAGGAGUAAUGGACAUAUUUAUAUAUCUUGUGAGUUUGAUAUUCCUUUGUUGGAUGCCUCAGAACGUGCCUGCUAAAUCAGGAGCUCAGCUUUUAAUGGUACUGCGGUGCCUGAGACCCCUUCGAAUUUUCAAAUUGGUGCCUCAGAUGAGGAAGGUUGUGCGAGAACUAUUCAGCGGUUUCAAGGAAAUUUUUCUGGUAUCCAUUCUUUUGCUGACAUUGAUGCUUGUUUUUGCAAGCUUUGGAGUUCAGCUGUUCGCUGGGAAACUGGCGAAGUGCAAUGAUCCUCAAAUUAUGAGACGGGAAGAUUGCCAUGGCAUAUUCAGAAUUAAUGUAAGCGUCUCCAAAAAUUUAAACUUAAAAUUAAGACCCGGAGAGAAGAAGCCUGGAUUUUGGGUGCCCCGAGUAUGGGCAAAUCCUCGGAACUUCAAUUUUGACAAUGUCGGAAAUGCUAUGUUAGCAUUGUUUGAAGUUCUUUCCUUGAAAGGCUGGGUUGAAGUCCGAGAUGUUAUUAUUCACCGGGUGGGGCCGAUCCAUGGAAUCUACAUUCACGUUUUUGUAUUCUUGGGUUGCAUGAUUGGACUGACUCUUUUUGUUGGUGUAGUCAUUGCUAAUUUCAAUGAAAAUAAGGGUACGGCUUUGCUGACUGUAGAUCAGAGAAGAUGGGAAGAUCUGAAAAGCCGACUGAAGAUAGCCCAACCUCUUCAUCUUCCACCUCGUCCAGAUAAUGAUGGGUUUAGAGCUAAGAUGUACGACAUCACCCAGCAUCCAUUUUUCAAGCGGACCAUCGCAGUACUCGUCCUGGCUCAGUCUGUGUUACUGUCAGUUAAGUGGGAUGUUGAAGAUCCAGUGACUGUUCCUUUAGCAACAAUGUCAGUUGUUUUCACCUUCAUCUUCGUUCUAGAGGUUACAAUGAAGAUUAUUGCCAUGUCUCCCGCUGGCUUUUGGCAAAGCAGAAGAAAUCGAUAUGAUCUCUUAGUGACUUCUCUUGGGGUUAUUUGGGUGAUUCUUCACUUUGCUCUGCUUAAUGCCUAUACAUAUAUGAUGGGGGCCUGCGUCAUUGUCUUCAGAUUUUUCUCCAUUUGUGGCAAGCACGUUACACUAAAGAUGCUCCUGCUGACUGUGGUUGUCAGCAUGUACAAAAGUUUCUUCAUCAUAGUAGGGAUGUUUUUAUUGCUGCUCUGUUACGCUUUUGCUGGAGUUGUUUUGUUUGGCACCGUGAAAUAUGGAGAGAACAUUAACAGACAUGCAAACUUCUCCUCAGCUGGCAAGGCCAUUACUGUUCUCUUCCGAAUAGUCACGGGGGAAGAUUGGAACAAGAUUAUGCAUGACUGUAUGGUUCAACCACCUUUUUGCACUCCAGAUGAAUUCAAAUACUGGGCAACGGAUUGUGGAAAUUACGCUGGUGCUCUCAUGUAUUUCUGUUCCUUUUAUGUCAUCAUCGCAUACAUCAUGCUAAAUCUACUUGUGGCUAUAAUUGUGGAGAAUUUUUCACUGUUUUAUUCCACUGAGGAGGACCAGCUUUUAAGCUACAGUGAUCUUCGGCACUUUCAGAUCAUAUGGAAUAUGGUCGAUGAUAAAAGAGAGGGGGUAAUUCCUACUUUUCGAGUGAAGUUUCUGCUGAGGCUGCUGCGUGGAAGACUGGAGGUGGAUCUAGAUAAAGACAAACUUCUGUUCAAACAUAUGUGCUAUGAAAUGGAGAGACUGCAUAAUGGUGGUGACGUAACCUUCCAUGAUGUGCUAAGUAUGCUUUCAUACAGAUCUGUCGAUAUCAGAAAGAGCCUUCAGCUAGAGGAGCUCCUUGCCAGAGAACAAUUGGAGUACACAAUAGAAGAGGAAGUAGCCAAGCAGACGAUACGCAUGUGGCUGAAAAAGUGCUUAAAGCGUAUCCGAGCAAAACAGCAGCAGUCAUGCAGCAUUAUCCACAGCCUGCGAGAGAGCCAGCAGCAAGAGCUGAGCCGCUUUCUGAAUCCUCCCAGCAUUGAGACGACCCAGCCGAGCGAAGACAUGAACGCCAAUAAUCAGGAUAACAACACCCAACCAGAGACAAGCAGCCAGCAACAGCUACUGAGUCCAACUCUAUCUGAUAGAGGAGGGUGUCGACAGGACUCCACAGAUGCUGGAAAACCUCAAAGGAAAUUUGGGCAGUGGCGUUUGCCUUCAGCACCAAAACCAAUAAGCCAUUCUGUGUCUUCGGUCAAUUUACGGUUUGGAGGCCGUUCCACAAUGAAGUCUGUGGUUUGCAAAAUGAACCCCAUGUCAGAUGCAGCUUCCUGUGGCUCCGAAGUCAAAAAAUGGUGGACCCGGCAGCUCACUGUGGAGAGUGAUGAAAGUGGGGACGACCUUCUCGACAUCUGAGUGGAAACAAGCAGAUACGAGUGGCAUUGUGAAAAUAAUCUCUGGAGUUGUCCCCUUUGUUUUUCCAGUGAACAAGCUGCACUCAUGUAUAAUUUAAUUCCAACUUGUCAUGAGAUUUUUUUUUUUUAAACUGAUGAUCACGCUGCCAUAGGGGACCUGAAGUUGAUAUUUCUGCUGGAGUUAUGUAGAUGUUUGAAUUUUAUUUGCUGAGAAAAUCUAUACGAUGGCCGUAUUAGCAAAGCCUACGAACGAAAACAUCAGCAGCCAUAGCAUUAAAGUUUUUGUAUAUUCUGCCUCUAUGUACGAUGGUGUAUGUUUAAGUAUGCUUUUCUGUCAUUUUGUUUCCCCAGAACAAAGUUCUUGGCCUUCAAGUGGAUAUGAUUCAGGAGCUACAGCUUCUGUUUAUGGUUUUCCCAUUGGAAUUAAAACUUCUCUCGGGAGAAUUUUCUGUUGCUGAGUGAUCUGAGGGAGUAGGCCUGAUCUCGCCAGAGGAGAGUAUUUUUACAAAGUACAGAUUAUGAAUUUUAACAAAGUCUAUUCUUUUCUUAUUUUUUAAUAUGCGGAAGAUAUUUAGAAAUCUUAAGGAGUCCAAUUCUAGCCUCACUUAUUCUCCUGCAACUGCCAACUGACUUCGGUCAGAAUUGUAUGCAAGGGACAGGCAAAGAAUUUGACACAAAAGCAUUCGUUGGCUUAGUAUAAACAUGUGAAUAUAUUAUUAUUUAUGCAAAAGUGUUUCAUGAACAGCCUUUAAUAACUGAAAUCAGCAAAAAACAACUCUGUGUUGAGAUUCUAGAAAAAGAUUUUCACGGGACAAUUGAAAUGCAACCGUUCUCUUCAUUUCAAUCCAGUUUUGCUUUUUCCAUGGUACUGUGAUGGUAUGAAUCGGCUGAUAACCACAUACCAUUGCUUUGAUCUGCGGCAAACAUAAUUCCCCAUGGAAAUAAUGAUCCAUGGUGAAAUCUUGCAGUGAGCUCAGAGAAAGGUUGCACCAUCUUUCCUUAGUAGUGACUUUUUCAUUCAAUAUGUCUAUGGCAAGAGAGAAAUGCACUACAUGGUAAUUUGCAAAGCUUUCUCACACUCAUUUUUCAAAUCAUUCCUAUAUAUAUUUCGUGGUUCCUAAUUUCUUGUGAAGAUUAUUUCUAUUUUUUUAAUAGUAAUUUUCUCUGAUUCCUGCACCCCACAUUGUCUUUGAUGGGCUUUCUGUUUUCAUCCCAAUUCAAAACUCUGAAAGCAGCCAUAUGAAGGGUGAAGAGUUUAGUGUUUAUAAGAUGAAUUGUGACUCAGAAUGAAUUGUGGAAAACUACAAAUCAGCAAGGAUGGCAAGAUUAUAUUCUCUUUCAUGGUACUAUGAAUUUUAUCUUUUUCAUAUAGGAAAAUGAGAUCAAUACUGGAUUUAUAGAAGAAGUUUAAGCUGGGUGACCAACAUUUGUGAAUCCAUUUUUUUUGGAAAAAAUAACUUUAAAACUGUCAGUAGUGACCUAGAGUCUGUGAGAAAGAAUGUCAUCAGAACUAGUUCAGGGCAGUUAAGAAAUGGCACCACAUUUUCAUUCCAGUUUAAUUCUAUACAACAGAAGGCUCCUGUCACAUUUGUAUAAAAUAAGGCUGAGUGAGUCUCUCGGUGCUUGCCAGCACCCCCAACAGAGCCUAGAAAACACCUCCACACUUACGGCAGAGAUUUGUACUAAUGCUGCAUUCAAAUAAGCAUUUAUUUUUGCUUUACUGCCCUGAAGUUAUACUCCCAAGCACUUAGUAUAGCACUCAAUAAAUACAGUUGAAUGAAUGAAUGCACGAUGUUUUCCCCAAACCACUGAACUCCUUCAGCAAUUAACAUUCAACAGAGACUCGGCCGUUUCCUCUGUGUGGAAGCAGAGGCAGGAAAUCGACAGGGCUCUUCGAAGCCACAGGACACCUAGGUUUCACAAGGUGAGGCAGCAAAAUCGGAUUCCCAGGCCUACACCUCUCUCAUUUCCUCAAGCAAAAGAAGUUAAGAAGCUCAAAUUCUGCAAGGGAAAAGAAUUAGAAUAUGUUUCUUCUAAACUCCAGUCACCCAGAUGGAAGAACAUGUGACAAUAAGCCAUAGCACUCAGGGAGGCCAGAUAAAAUUUCAGUGCUGAUCCUCUACCUGUACCAUCCACCAAGGCUAAACGUGGCCAUUCCACUCAAUUCAGGAGCAGCCAGUAAGGGUUGGUGUCAGAGAGGCUGGGGAUCGGAGGAGCGGACUGAACGUCUGGUAUUAGAGUCCUAGAAGUGUAAGGGAGAUAAAGUAUUAAGGAAAGGGCAGGGGCAAGGAAUUAAGCAGGAUGAGGAGCUACCAUUCAUCCUCUCUCUUUAUGACUGUUUCCUUUUGGCGGCAAAGAGGGAAACAGCUGGCUGGAGAGGCAACAGUGUUUGGCUCCGCAUUGCCCGAGCUGGUUACAUCAGAUACCCGUCUCCAGAUAUUUUAUUGGCUAUAUGUAGGAAGCAUCCUGGCCAGCGGGGUGAUGGAAUAAUGGCCUUCCUGCUGCCUAGCACCUCCCAAUCAUUACCCUAAACUUUGAUGUCAGAGACCUGAUUCCCUUCUUUCUCUGACUACUGCUUUAUCCUGCCCCUUUCAGAAUCCCUGGUCACAGAAGGCCUCAUGAUGAAAGGUGAUUCAGAUGUGAAAUGGGGACUUCUAAGACAAAAACCUUCAGGGGUUUGAAGGUUGAAGCUAGGGAGGAAAUCUAAUAUCCGGGAUGAGGCCUUGGGUGAAUGUCACAUCUUCCUUUGGAAGAAAAUCCAGCCCUGAAGCUGUGGACUCAGGGAAGGUCCGGGAUUCCCAGCUGGGCCCUGACCCAUUCCUGGUCUGGAGGAGUUGGAGGUUCAGGGCUGUUCUGUGUGGGCGAGUCGGGGUAGGACACAAGUGGAGGGGGAGCACACUACGUAGGAUCCGGAUUGGCCCAGGAACGGAGACACUCCCGAGUGGACUCAGAGUUGAACUGGAAUGGUUUCUGAGGAUAGAGAUGAGGGCUGCCCUUAAGUUUACCGCUGGUUGGGAAGAGAUGUUCAAGGCAGGGAAGGGGCCACCUCACCUCCCAUUCAGGGUAGUAUAAACCAGGCCACCAGCAGGAGUCUGUGAAGCAUGAGAAUUUUGGGAAACGAUUUUGCAGAAGGGGAAAGUAAAUGGUCUUUUGUACUUGCUGGCUUUUCAUGAGAAGAAAACCAGGAAUCCAACAAAAACAUCUGACACUUAAAAGCUGAAUCCCUCUGCAUUCAAAAGGUAACUGUUACUGGAGCAAUUCAAGUGGUCUAAGAUGAGACCCUUAGCCUAAUGCCACAAGGGCUGGUCACUCUAAGGAACCAAGUGACGGAGCAGAGUCCAAAUUAAUUAGAUUUGAUACCAGGGACCAGUCAACGAAUCUGGUUCUAUAAUUCAGGCCUAUCCUCUAAGAAUCAGAACCAAGAGAAAUGGCACAUACAAACCGCUGUUGGCAUAGGCCAUACAGCUGUGCUGGCUAGCCCGUAGUGGAAAGGUAGCAGAAGGCAUUCUGGGCACAGAAUGGUGCUGCCUCUAAGACCUUCUCCAGAUCAAGUCCUCUUUCCUCAUUUACUUACAUUUUCAGAGCACUGCUAGUGCUGUUUGGAUUCUAUUCUCGAAUCUCUUUUGGAGGAAUUUCUAUUUUCUGUUUGUAUGGUGUGAGCUGUUUUUGUAGACUUCUGUAAAAGAUCAAAUAAAUACAGUGUCAAAAAA